AUGUUGGAGGGCGGCAAAAUAUACUGCUUUGGCGGUCAAACAGGCGCGGGCGAUAGUUUAAGGAAAUACGCUUCGUUGUUCUCACUAGACACCUCAAAGGUGCAAGGCGAUUAUGCAUCGCAUUGGGAGCAGAUUACGGACACCAUCAACUCUGAAAUCUACACGGCGUGCCCCAGAUCCAGAGCAUCAUUGUCAGUGACUGAAGACAAAAAGAACAUGAUCAUUAUUGGGGGUCAAUUCACUCCAACAAAUGGCACUCCAACACAUAAUGUUGUUUAUAACGUAGACACAAAAACAUGGAGAGCACUGCCCAAUUUCGACGAUGGUGAAAAUGGAAAUAACAGACAAAUUCAAACAGUGUCUUCAACGUGGGUACCAGAUCAAUCCAAAUUAUAUUUAUUCGGUGGCACAGAAGUCUAUACUACUCGUAGAUGGUAUUACGAUAGUCUCUAUGAAAAGAACCUCACAAAUGUGCAGUUUACAAGUAGCAAUCGCACAUCAAAGAUCGGAUACUACCAUAUGACGACCUUGAAUAUUGCAGCAAAUGCUUCUGAGCCAUGGCAAGUGCCAGCACAAGAGAACGCCCCUGUCUUGGCAUACUACAUGCAAGAGCCUGUCUACCACCCUACUUCCAAAAAGAUUUUUUACUUUGGUGGAAUGCUCAAUAAUGCGACGACUGAAGAGCUGACUGCCACCCAAAAUGUGUCCAUGUCUGAAAUACUGACAUUUGACACUGUAACUAAUACUUGGGGAACUCAAAAUUUCACUGGAGAACUGAUACCCACUCCUCGAAGAUCUCAUACAGUGACCUUGCUAUCAUCUGGACAUGACAUUCUCUUGUACGGUGGCACAUUAAACGACCGUGCAUAUGGCCUCCCAGAUUUCUGUUAUACAGCAAACCUGCAGACUUUUGUUUGGAAGUCUUGCAAUACUAUUACUUUGCCCAACAAAGAAAACCCCUCUCGAACAGAGCAUGCUGCUGUAUUGGAUGAAUCAAAGAAUAUAGUAUAUAUUCUAUUUGGCUAUCAAGACACUAAAGCUAUGGUGAAUACGUUUGACACUAUGCUUGCAGUCAAUGUUACUGAUCUUGCGCACAUAAGCUUUGUGGAUACAAAUCAACACUUGUCUACUGCAGCGGAAACCCCAACUCCAGUAACCAACGAUACAGAAACAGCAUCUCCAACACCGAGUCCAAGUAAAAAUGGCAGGAGUGCAACUAUUGGUGGUGCUGUUGGAGGUUCACUUGGGGGUGUGCUAAUCAUUGGUGUUGUUGCCUUUUUCAUCUGGAGAAAGAAGCGAGCCGAAAGAAAAGCCAAACAAGCAAGAGAUGCUGCAGAGCGUAUUUCAGUUGAUUGGGAUGCCAUGGAAGGCGGUGGAUACACAGAGACGUAUACUAUGCCUACAAACGAGAAAGACCAGCAUUACCGAUCUGUUACAAAGCCGUCUGGUGAUUACCCUUUGAAAGCAGAAAAUGAGCAAUAUUUCGUCAAGAUAAACGGAUCUGGUACCACCACAUCUGCCUCGCUGCCUGUUCCUGAUAUAGAUACCAUGAAAGCCGCUCUUGUCCCUGAUGGCGGUGCUGAUUCUGAUUUAAUGACAAAGCCAGAUGUAUGCGCUGACGAUGGAAAACGAGAAAAGUAA